CAUCUGCCUGACUCUUCGUCCCUCAGCAGAGUCUCUCCUCUCACGCCACAGACACCCUCUGCCACCAUGUCUGUCAGAGCUUUGAAGACCACCACCUUCUCCUCGGUGUCAUCCUCCAGGGGCCCGGGCCAGACCUUCAGCAGCCGCUCCUUCUCUGGCUACGGGGGUCGUGGUGUGGGGAGUGGCGGGCAGAGCUAUGCCGUCCGCAGCUCUUACGGGGGAGUGGGCAGCAGCGGUGCUGCCGUGGGUGCCGGAGGGUUCAAGGUGGUCGGUGGGUAUGUGGCCGGGGGAUCUGGACAGAGGGGAGGCGGAGUGGAGUUUGGCUAUUUGGGCUUCGGCGGAGGUAUGGCAGGUGGCAUGGCCAACGACCCGGUGGCCCCCAUCACAGCGGUGACUGUGAACAAGAGCCUGCUGGCACCCCUGAACCUGGAGAUUGACCCUGACAUCCAGGUGAUCCGCACCCAGGAGAAGGAGCAGAUCAAGACCCUCAACAACCGCUUCGCUUCCUUCAUUGACAAGGUACGCUUCCUGGAACAGCAAAACAAAAUGCUUGAAACCAAGUGGAAACUCCUGCAGGAACAGACCCCGUCGCGCUCCAACAUCGACGCCAUGUUCGAGGCUUACAUCGCCAACCUGCGCAAGCAGCUGGACAGUUUGGGGCACGAAAAGGUCAAACUGGAAUCUGACCUGCAUCACAUGACAGGGCUGGUCGAGGACUUCAAGAACAAGUAUGAAGAUGAGAUCACCAAGCGCAAUGAGCUUGAGAACAACUUUGUCCUCCUAAAGAAGGACACAGAUGCAGCCUACAUGGUCAAGGUGGAGUUGGAGGCCAAAGUAGACGGGCUCUCAGAUGAAAUUGAGUUCCUAAGGCAGCUCUACGAUACGGAAAUCAGUGAGAUCCAGAGCCAGAUCAAGGACACAUCUGUUGUAGUGGAGAUGGACAACAGCCGUGACCUUGACAUGGACGCCAUUGUUGCUGAAGUUCGCGCCCAGUAUGAAGACAUCGCCAACAGGAGCAGAGCAGAAGCUGAGUCAUGGUAUCAGAACAAGUAUGCAGAGAUGCAGCAGUCCGCUGGUCGGUAUGGAGAUGACCUGAAGUCAACCAGAGCUGAGAUUGCUGACAUGAACCGCAGAAUAAUGAGACUCCAGUCUGAAAUUGACAUGGUUAAAGCACAGAGGAACAGUCUGGAGGCUCAGAUCGCGGAGGCCGAGGAGCGUGGUGAGCUGGCGGUGAAGGACGCCAAGCUCCGCAUCCGAGAGCUGGAGGAGGCUCUCCAGAGGGCCAAGCAGGACAUGGCGCUGCAGGUCCGCCAGUACCAGGAACUGAUGAACGUCAAGCUGGCUCUGGACAUAGAGAUUGCGACUUACAAGAAACUGCUUGAAGGAGAGGAGAGCAGGCUCGCAAUUGGAAUUAAGACCAACGUGACAAAGCAUACUUCGAUGAACUUCAACAGCUACUCUUUGGAGAGCUCCCGGCCCCCGGCUCUGGUCAGCUGCGCCUUUGAGGGACACAAGGCUGGCGGUGGAUCCGUGUCUGCCGUCGAUGGAGCGGCAGUGAAGAGCACCACCGUCACCAAGACCGAAACUGUGGUGAUCAAGACGGAAGAGACGAAGGGGGCCGAAGAGGAGGUGGAGAAGAAGGAGGAGCAGCAGCAGCAGGCGGUGACUGAGGAGGCCGCUGCCGAGAAGAAGGAGCAGGAGCAGGUGGAGGCCGAAGCUGUGGCUGAGGAGUGAGGGCCUCGUCCUGCUCUUCUGAACGAAUGGAAGAGUUCACCCUCUCACUGUCAUCCAGCUCAACUACAAGAGGGACAGACACACCUUUCCUGGUGAGGUUUCAAUCCAGUCAAUGAUCUCAAGAAAAAAAACCCCAUGUGGCUGUCUGAGUCACCAGCGAACCACCAGUCAGUGCACCACACUUGCUUGGCCAACAGAUGGCACUGUUGUGUUAUUUUUUUUUUCCCCCACUCAUCUUACAUAAAUAACUGCAAGCACAUCCAA